GCGGCAGGGCGGCGAGCCCUGGGCGGGGUCGGAAAGGGGCGGCUCCCCAGAGUGACCUUAUCCAGUCCCCUAGCCUCUCUGGGCCUCAGUUUCCCCCUUCCUAGAGUAGAGGGGUGAGAGAUUCGUUCCUACAGAAAUGCACUUCUUUCUCGCCGCGCACAGCCAAAUCCAGCCCCUCCGCGGUCUGUCCCUCGGGGAGCGCGUCCAGAUCACCUGGACGAAACGGUGACCCACACCUUCCGUACCCCCAUUAGAGAGUGUACCAAGCCAUUCCUGCCAACGAGUCAGGCUACCCCAUUAGACUCUCAGCCUUGAGCGGUCAGCAACCUCAUCAACCACUUUUCGGUCCUGGAGGCGGAGCACCAGCUGCAGCCCUGAGCAGCUGCACAGGCCCUGGUUAGGAAUAAGGUAGAGGCACUCUGAACUCUGACGGACUGGGGAUGCCUGAUGCCUCCGACAGCGCCCUGUGGGCCUUCUGGGAACUGACUUACCCUAUCUGUGCCUUGUUUCCCUCUAAAUGGAGCUGGGGUAGCUCCUUAGGUUAGUGAGAAUGGAGAGAACGCAUGGCUAGCACUCAGCUCAAUGCCUAGCACACCACAGUUGCCCAGUAAAUGCUUGUUGUUAGCAUAAUGGUGCUUGCAUACCUGACCCCUCCAUUGCCAGCCCCAAGCACAUGCCUGCUGUCACAGAGGACAGGGGGUCACCCACUCUGGCCCACACCCUGAUUUCUGAGAUGCUCCGACUGCCCAAACUCUAGGCAGCAUUGUGGCUAAUACAAGGGUGAGGGCAUAAAGAGGUGGCCACCCAUGUGGCAAUAAAUCAGGCCACCCAACAGUUGUGUUUGUUAAAGGAUGGGCCUCUGAACUGCCUUAGCCAGGUGGGUAUGUGUGUAUGUUAUUUGUGUCCCAGACACCCAGUGUUUUGAGUCAUAAGCCACAGACUUUGUGGUGAAAGGGGGGAUAUUUUAGAGCUAUGGGGCCCUGAAUUGAAGUUCUAAGGCUGUCACCUGUUCACUGGGUGACUUCAGCCAAGGGACUUCACCUCUCUGAGCUUGUAUCUUCAUCUGGAGAGUGGGGUGAGGAUAGCGCCAGCUCCUGAAGACUGCAGGAGAUAGGAUGCGAAGGUCCCUUAGGACAUAGCACAUGGCCUGGCACACAAUCCAGCUCUCUUUCCGACGACUGGAUAUGUGCAAGGGGCCCACCCCUGAGUCCAGAUGACACUCAUGCCGAUGGCUUCAGUGAUGGCAGUGACUGAACCAAAAUGGGUCUCAGUCUGGGGUCGCUUCCUGUGGGUGAUGCUGCUGAGCAUGGUGCUGGGGUCCCUGGUGGCCCUGCUGCUGCCACUGGGGGCCGUGGAGGAGCAGUGUUUGGCCUGGCUCAAAGGCUUCUACCUGCUCAGGAGCAAGUUGGACAGGACGCAGUACGCCAUCACCAAGUGCACUCGCCCAUCCACGGAGCUCAGUGUCACCUCCAAGGACGCAGCACUGCUGGUGGUCAAGACCAAGGCCUCUCCGGCUGGUAAGUUGGAAGCCAGAGCGGCUUUGAACCAAGCCCUGGAAAUGAAACGCCAGGGCAAGCGGGAGAAAGCCCACAAGCUCUUCCUGCACGCCCUCAGAAUGGAUCCGGACUUUGUGGACGCACUCAACGAGUUCGGCAUCUUCUCCGAAGAAGAGAAGGACAUCAUCCAGGCAGAUUACUUGUACACCAGAGCGCUGACCAUCUCGCCCCACCAUGAGAAGGCGCUGAUCAACCGGGACCGAACGCUGCCGCUGGUGGAGGAGAUCGACCAGAGAUACUUCAGCAUCAUCGACGGCAAGGUGAAGAAGGUCAUGUCCAUCCCCAAGGGCAGCUCUGCGCUGCGCAGGGUCAUGGAAGAAACGUACUACCAUCACAUCUACCACACGGUGGCGAUCGAGGGCAACACCCUCACCCUCUCGGAAAUCAGGCACAUCCUGGAGACCCGCUAUGCCGUGCCAGGGAAAAGCCUGGAGGAGCAGAACGAGGUCAUUGGCAUGCACGCAGCAAUGAAGUACGUCAACACGACGCUGGUUUCCCGCAUCGGGUCUGUCACCAUCAGCGACGUGCUGGAGAUCCAUCGGCGGGUGCUGGGCUAUGUGGAUCCGGUGGAAGCCGGCAGGUUUCGGACGACACAGGUCCUCGUGGGACACCACGUCCCACCCCAUCCUCAAGAUGUGGAAAAGCAGAUGCAGGAGUUCAUACAGUGGCUCAACUCCGAGGAUGCCAUGAACCUGCACCCAGUUGAGUUUGCAGCCUUGGCCCAUUAUAAACUCGUUUACAUCCAUCCCUUCAUUGACGGCAAUGGAAGGACCUCGCGCCUGCUGAUGAACCUCAUCCUGAUGCAGGCAGGCUACCCGCCCAUCACCAUCCGCAAGGAGCAGAGGUCAGAGUACUACCACGUACUGGAGGUCGCCAACGAAGGGGAUGUGAGGCCAUUCAUUCGCUUCAUCGCCAAGUGUACGGAGACCACCCUGGACACCCUGCUCUUCGCCACAACGGAGUACCCGGUGGCACUGCCAGAGGCCAAACCCAACCACUCUGGGUUGAAGGAGACGCUGCCUGUGAAACCUUAACCUUCUAAAGCCAUCCUUAGUGACAGGAUGUCCGGGAGGAGAAAAAGAAUCAAAGAAACUGAACAUUUCUAAAAACCUUGUCAUCUCCCAUAGCAAAAGGAGCUAGAUAAGGAACUUAAAUAUUCUUUACCUCCAAAUGUUUUUUAGUUAAAGAAGAAAAACUAAAUUAUUAAGCCUUGUCUCUAAGAUAACUUAUAAUUCAGCCAAGUUAUUUAUUUUGUUCUUUUGAGCUAGUAAAUGUUGUGUGUUGUCUGCUGUCCGUGCUGAUGGCCCGUUCUCAUGGUGGUCCCAGCAGGCUUUGGGGGCACCAGUGCUUCUGGCGUGACCAGAAUAGUUUCUGGAGCAGAAUUUGCACUAAGGUGGGGAGAGGCCAAGUGCUGUGGGACGAGGUCCAGAGCCACAGGACUAACUCCUCCAAGUCUUUCUCUGAAACUGGCUGAAAGGUUCUGACUCUACCUGGGAGGUUGGCACUCCUGGGGAGAACCUGGUCCCAGUUUUGAGAAAUGGCUGAAUGCUUGCUUUCUUAGAGGUUUUUGCUCCCCUACAAAGAGAUUAGUGUUGUAACUAAUUCUUACUGGUAGAGCAAACUUCUGAGAUGUGAAAUAAAAUGAAUGUUGACAACAGUUCUAGUUCAAUCCCUUGUUUAUUUCAAGGAAGAGUCUUUGAGCCACAGUUAGUUUGCAAACUCUAGUGUCAGAGGCUAUUUUUCCAUAUCAAGACUAUUUUUCUAAUUAAGACUAGGGGAAUGGCCAGUCUAGCUUUUUCUAUCGCUGUUUCUCUCACUUCAUUUGCAGCAACUCAGACCAGAUGUUUUAGUCUAAAAGUUCUCUGGAGUUUCACUGAACAAACGAAUCAUGCUGCAAAUGAGGUAGGUAUUGUGCAAGUGGGUAACUCUGCCCUCACCCCCAUUCUGAGUUUAACGUCUUCUAUAGGUAGAUGUUAAGGAGCAGAGCUGAGAAAACAGAUGCCAUAUCAACACCAGAUAAGCACUUUUGAUAUGAAUUAGGGCACCAGUUUCUACUGAACCCCAAAACCCUUUGACUACAGCCAAAACAUGCCCCUUUUGUCAUGCAGUUUUAUCCUCUUACUGACCUGACCCCCAUGUCCCACAGCCAGUGUACUCUCCAGCGUCCCCUCGGGGAAGCAGAAUAGAUUGCCUUGGAGUGGCCUUAUUUUUUCAAGCAUCUUAGAAAAUUUGGAAUACAGCCAAAUUGUCAGUAUGGAAAUAGAAAAAAACCUCUUCCAAUUAUACAUGGCACAGGUGCCAAUAUGACUGCUGCUAUUUAGUCAGAAUUGUCAAAAAUCUUUGUAUUCCCCUUCAGGGACAGAGCCCGUGAUGUCCAACACUGGACAGACAGCACUUUGUCAGUGUCUGAAUGGUGGUGAAUAUGUACAGUGUUGUCUCUGAUUUGAGAAUUUAGAUCCUGAGAGUAAUGAGGUCACUAUUAUGUAGCAAGUGUUUAUACAGUUAUAUAAUUGUAGAAUAAGCACCCUGAGAGUGGUUUUCUGAAAGAUUAAGGAAAUUAAGUGUAAAGGUGUAUGAAAUGGCCCCAAGUGAUAGUUAUUCAAAGCUUUAUAAAAAAUAUUUUCCUAUUUGUAUGCUGCCACGAAGUAUUUCUUAAACCCUAACUCUUCUUGAGUCUUGGUUUUAAUAAUAGGCACACCAAGGAAGCCUGAUAGAAGUGCUUGCUUUGUACUAUAGAAAUCUGCACUUUAGCUGUAUAUGUGAAGGAUAUUAUUUUAAUGAAUAACUGACUCUAAUAAAGUAUUUUAUUAUAUUAAAUAAAUGCCUCAGACUUUGCUGUCUUAGUCACGAGAUGGUCCCAUUUGUCAGAAGGAUGCAGAAGGGGUUUUUUUCCAGGACCUCAGCCGUACUCUAUAUUGUUCUGGCAGUAAAACCGAUCCAAGACAGGAAUUUCAAUAGGAAAAGAAGACAGCUGGUUGGGUAAGCGGCCUACUUAGGUUGACAGGGAUGGACCACUGACCUUUCACUAGGACUGAAGUUACUGAAAUGGUUUUUCAUGUUUGUUUACUAUGAGUUCAUGAUUUCUGGGGAAAACACAUAAACCCAGUCGUACAUUCCUGAAAAUCCAUUUCUAGAACAGUCAAUACCCCGAACCUAAACCGCGUCCUGCUUAAGUCUGAAAAGGUUCACCUCUGGGACAAGUCUGUGGUAACAUUUGAGACUGAAGUGAGGUCAGAGGGCUGGCCAACAAGAGAACAAAACAGUGAAAUGUGCAGCAGCAAAGAGGAAAACCACCCAAACCUGGAUCGCUAAGGAAAUAUUCACUGCUCUUCAGUGUGGGUCUCCACCCGUCCCCAGGCCUCACCCACCAAACAGGGUUCCUCAGGGAAGUGAGUGGCCAGUCAGAGAACAGCGCAGACGGAAGCAGGACUACCACACAGCUGCUUCUGACUGCUUGUGAGGCGAGAAAUAGUCACUGUUUGAAUUUAAUUCAGAUUACUCCUAACAAAAAAUGUUUCUGUGCAAAAAAGAGGAAGACAAGGUAGAGGGGGACCUACAGAGUAGAAGACCAGUCAUUACUUAUGGGGGGGAACUGACAUUUAUGAAACAACAGGAGAUUGGAAUUUUGCUGGAUAGUUGAGGACAUGAAGGUAUUGCUAACGUUUCUAGGAAUUGUGAUAAAAUUAUGGCCUUUAUGUCUUAAAGACACAUGCUACAAUAUUACUGGGUGAGUGCUAUGAUGUCUGGGGUAUCCCUCAACAUAAUAUGGGAGAGAGGAAGGAGGCAGCGGUAGAGAUGAAGGAAGAAGGGCUAUGAGGUGAGAAAUGCUGACAUUCAAUGGUAACUACAUAAGUUUAUCUCACUAUUCUUUCCUUUAAAAAUUUUUCCACAGGGGGCGGCAGGUUAGCUCAGGUGGUUAGAGCGCA